AUGACCCCCUCCAGGGCGUCCCCGCGCCCCCGAGGCCCCCGGAGAAAUGCCAGCCAGCCCUACCUGUGCCCGGAGUCCCUGCUGCUCAGGGAGGAGGGGCUGCCGGCGGACGUGGGGGACAGCAGCGACCCCGAGCGCAUCUUCCAGAGCCUGCAGUCCCAGAAGGACCUCAUGGCCAACAUCCGCUGCCGGCCCUGGGCCAUGCGCCAGAAGCUGCGGGCGCUCCGGCGGGCCAAGGAGGUCGUGCUGCGGUUCGAGGGCCGGCUGACCAGGACCCGGGGCUACCAGGCAGCGGGCACGGAGCUCUGGCGGAAGUUCGCGCGCCUGGUCUGUAACUUCGCUGUGCUCUUCAUCCCCUGGGAGACAAGGAUCAAGAAGAUCGAGAGUCACUUUGGCUCCGGCGUGGCCUCCUACUUCAUCUUCCUACGGUGGCUCUUCGGGGUCAACGUCGUGCUGGCCGUCAUGACGGGGGCUUUCAUUGUCGCCCCAGAGCUCAUCGCCGGCCAGCCCUUCGGGAGCACCGCCAGCAAGAGCGUCCCCGCGGCGCAGGCCGCCUCCGCCCAGGACCUGGACACCGUGUGGUCCCUGGGGGGCUACCUCCAGUCCUCCGUCCUCUUCUACGGCUUCUACGGCCGCGAGCGGCGCAUCGGGAGCGCGGGCUACCGGCUGCCGCUGGCCUACUUCCUGGUGGGGAUGGCCGUGUUCGCCUACAGCUUCCUCGUGCUCCUCCGAAAGAUGGCCAAGAACUCCCGCCUGAGCCUCGCCAGCGCCUCGGGCGACAACUACACCUUCUGCUGGCGCGUCUUCUGCGCCUGGGACUACCUCAUCGGGAACCCUGAGGCCGCCGAGAGCAAGGCGGCCGCCAUCGUGAACAGCAUCCGGGAGGCAAUCCUGGAAGAACAGGAAAAGAAGAAAAGCAAGAACCUGGCGGUGACCGUCUGCCUGCGGGCCGUGGCCAACGUGCUGGUGCUGCUGUCGCUGGCCGGAAGCAUCUACCUCAUCUACUUCGUGGUGGAGCGGUCGCAGCGGCUGGAGCAGUCCAAGAAGGAGCUGACGCUCUGGGAGAAGAACGAGGUGAGCGUGGUGGUCUCCCUGGUGACCAUGAUCGCGCCCUCGGCCUUCGACCUCAUCUCCACCCUGGAGAUGUACCACCCACGGACCACGCUGCGCUUCCAGCUGGCCAGAGUGCUGGUGCUGUACCUGGGCAACCUCUACAGCCUCAUCAUCGCCCUCCUGGACAAGGUCAACAGCAUGAGCACCGAGGAAGCUGCCACCAGCGGGAACGGGACUCACUGGCCCGGGGCCCCCGGCGGGGAGAAGUGGCCGGCGCCCGGGAGGAACGGCUCCUGGGCCCUGGCGCCGGCCGGCGCCCCCACGCCCGCCCCCGAGCCCCCCGCGGCCAACGGGACGGCCAGCCCCCCGAGCCUGCAGGACCAGUGCUGGGAGACCUACGUGGGGCAGGAGCUGCUGAAGCUGUCCAUCAUCGACAUGCUCUUCACCGUGGCCGGCGUGCUGCUCAUCGACCUCUUCCGCGGCCUCUGCGUCCGCUACCUCAGCGACUACUGGUGCUGGGACCUGGAGCGCAAGUUUCCUGAAUACGGGGAGUUCAAGAUCGCCGAGAACGUGCUGCAUCUGAUCUACAACCAGGGGAUGAUCUGGAUGGGCUCCUUCUUCUCGCCGUGCCUGCCCGCCUUCAACGUCCUCAAGCUGAUCGGGGUCAUGUACCUGCGGAGCUGGGCUGUACUCACCUGCAAUGUGCCCCACCAGCAGGUCUUCCGGGCGUCCAGGUCCAACAACUUCUACCUGGCCAUGCUGCUGUUCAUGCUGUUCCUGUGCAUGCUGCCCACCGUGUUCGCCAUCGCGCGCUACCGGCCGUCCCUGCACUGCGGGCCCUUCAGCGGGCAGGAGAAGAUCUACGACGUGGUGGCCGAGACGGUGGCCGACCUGCCGGCCUGGUGCGGCGCGGUGGUGGGCUACGUGAGCAGCCCCGUGGUGAUCCUGCCCGCCGUGCUGCUGCUCUUCAUGCUCAUCUACUACCUGCAGAGCAUCGCCCGGUCCCUGAGGCUCAGCAACCGCCAGCUCCGCAUGCAGAUCCAGAACGCAAGAUCUGAAGACAAGAGGAAGGCGGCCCAGCUGGUGGAAGCCCGGGUCCAGACCCAGGAGGAGGGCCCCCCGGGGCUGCCCUGCGACGGCGACCCCGGCAGCCAGCCGGCCCUGGCCCCCGCGGGGCCGCCCCAGGACAACGGCCACGCCGUGAGCGCCGGCUCGCCCAGCGGCCAGCCCGCGCCCCACAGCCCCCCGCCGGGGCCCGGCAGCCCCGGCGCCCCCCUCCCCGGCGCCCCCAGGUCCUGGCCGGAGCCCAGCGCCCGGAGGCGCCCCCGCGGUCCGCGGGGCGGCCGGCCCAGGAGCAGGCCCCGCGCCCCGGCCACGUCUGCAAGGCGCAUGGAGGAUGUGCACCGCGAGGAUGUCCCGCGGGGCCGCGAGCGCAUGCGUCCGGGGGGCGCGGCCCCCGGCUACCACCUGGCCCACGAGCGGGACCCCCGCGCGGACUCGCACCCGGUGCUCUGGCCCCAAGGCCACUUCAAGGUCGUCGCCUCGGGGGCCCUGGUGGGGGUGGAGGCGUGCCCCAGGAGCAUGCGCUGUGCGCCAGGGGCCCCCCAACGUGCAGGCUCCCCAGGGCUGAGCGACAGCGAGGAGGAGCCCCUGAGGCCUCUGCACGCCCGCUCCCUGCGCGGCCUGCCCGGGGCCCCCCACUUCUGUGCUGGCAACGGGCCCAGCAGCUGGGGCUGGGGGCACGCCCUGUCUUGGGACGAGGGUUUUGGGGAUCCCCUGGACGCUGCUCCAAGGUCUGUGCAGAAGAAGCCGCGCCCCCGGAACGCCCCGCACCCCCACGCCCCGCUGCGGCCCAGGGGGAACCCCCAGUCCCAGCCGCCCCUCGCGGAAUCGGACUCGCUGUCGGCGUCCAGCAGCGACGGCGCCGACCAGUACCUGCAGGUCAGCCGGCCGCCCCGGUGCGCGCGCCCCGCGGGGGGCCCGGGCCAGGCCCCCGGGAGGUGGGAGCGCGCGGAUCUGAGCGGCCUGGUCUGCUCACGCGUCUAG